UAGAGUUAUUACUCUUUCUUUCUUUGCCUUCUCUGUUUCGGUGGAGUGGAUAACCCCGCCCGACCGCUCCGGCGCCGGCUCGAAUUUGAGUUCGAAGCGGAACCAAAAACAAAGAUUUAUAAUGAGAGGAGAGCAGGAGAAAAGUUGAGAUCUGAAGGAGGUGUCGAGAUCUGAAGUGGUUUCUCGGCCAGAUCCCUCAUCCAUGGGGCUGUUUGCGCUCAACAGGCUCAUGUCUCUGCAGCGCGACCGGCAGCGGCGUCGGCAUCAAAUUCGAGCCCGGUGUCGGCUUAUGGCCUCAAUGACGACGGGUAAAAGGAAGGGAUCGCCCUGUCAACAAGAUGACGACUCUGAAUCUGGCAAAAUUAAGAGAAUGGCAAUCCCAGAGCUCCCAGAGGACAUAUUGCUUCGUAUACACUCCUUAAUGCCAAUGCGUGAAGCUGCUCGUGCUGCUUGCCUAUCUCAAGCCUUUUUACAUUCCUGGAGAUGUCAUUCCAAUCUCAUAUUUAAUAAGUAUACAAUUGGCUUGAAGAGUGCGAGUGGCGAGAAGUUCCACCACAAGGUUGACUGCAUUCUCAGGAAACACAAAGGCAGCUUGAAAACAUUCAAGCUUGAGUACAAUGAAAUGAAUGGGCUCGAUGACUUCAGUUAUUUUGACCGUUGGCUUCAGAUUGCUCUUAAGCCUGGGCUUGAAGAACUCACCUUCGUGUUGUCUGAAACUGAAACAAUGAGAAAAUACAACUUCCCGUGCGCUCUUUUAUCUGACAGGGUUGGAAACUCACUUAGGCACCUUUCACUUCGUUUUUGUGACCUCCAUCCCACAGUUGAACUUGGCCCCUUGAGAAGCCUGACAAGGCUGUGCCUGUGCUAUGUGAGCAUUACGUGGAAUGAGUUAGAGUGCCUUCUUUCCAACUCUCCUGCUUUGGAGCUAUUAGAUCUUACUAGGUGCACUGAGAUUCGGUGUCUGAAGUUAUCUUGUGCCCUGCAGCGCCUCAUUAUGCUUAGUGUUUUAGAAUGCAGGAGAUUGACAGUGAUAGAGAGCAAAGCACCAAAUCUCUCUAGUCUUUACCUUAGAGGAAGCAGCUUAGACUUCUCACUUGUGGAAACAUUGCAAUUGAAGGAAUUAUACUUGCAACAAGACAACCUUAUCCGUGAUGCCUGUGCCAAGCUGCCACCCAUGCUGCCAAAUAUUGAAACUCUUGCCAUAGAAUCACCGUGGGAGGUGGUCGAUGCACCAAUGCUGCCUACCAAAUUCCUCUACCUUAAGCACCUCAACAUUAAUUUGAGAACAGGAACAACCGAGUACCGGCCAUAUGACUAUUUUUCUCUGGUUUCUUUCCUGGAUGCUUCUCCUUCCUUGGAGACUUUGGAAUUAGAUGUGACUCAGUUGCGUAUGUUGCACAAGUCAAUUUUUGCUGAUUCUCAACUGAGGCACAUGCCUGAACACCGCCAUAGCUGCCUCAAGAGCGUGAAGAUCAGUGGUUUCAGCUCUGCGAAGUGCUUGAUUGAACUGACAUGUUAUAUUCUCAAGAACGCGGUGUCACUUGAGUGUCUUACAUUGGACACCAUUUAUGGGCAUAGGUGUUAUGAUGACGGCAAGUACGAUUGGUGUAUGCCCAUGGGGGUUGGUAUUCUCAUGGAAACCCCCAGGGCACUCUCGGCUAUCAGAACAUACAUUGAGAAUAAAGUUCCAUCUACAGUUAAGUUAACUGUUAUGGAGCCUUGCAGCCAAUGCCAGGCUAAAGCAUUACGGCGGGCAUUAUCACAGUCGUGCAAUGCGGUUUCCAUUUAAUUUUAGCUAACUGCUCCCCUGUUCAGAGCCAUUUAGGCUGUGGCCCAAUGUAACAGAAUGUAAACUUAUUAUAGGACCAUUUUUUUUCCUGAAGCAUCAGACCUUUUCAAUGUCUAGUUUUUGUAGUGUUUUCUUUGUAGGGAUUAGUUGACAGUUUAUUUUUGUUUGGGCCAGUGUUGUGUUUAUUUUUGUAGUGUUUAUUCAGUCGCAAGAUGUGGUGUUGUGUUUUCUUUCUCAGGGUAUUGUUACUGGCAGCAGCAACAGCUUGGCGCCCCGGUUUUGUUUAUCACGCUCACAAUACUGAGUCUGACCGUGCGGCUCAUAGAGGCCGUGAGCUAGAGAUAGGAAGGGCAAGUAAGGGAAAUGACCUUGUUCUGUUAAGAGUGAAAGUGUAUCAAUUCAUUUUGCUUC